UCGAACAAAUUCAUUAACGUUGUUUAAACAUUGUUUGAACAAAUAUAAAGAAACAAUCAUUUUAGUGAGUUUUCAAAUAAUUCAUAAAACAAUUUAUAUAUAAUAAAUAAUAAAUUCUUAUAAGUUAAUUUAAUAAUGAUUUAAAUAUAAAUUAAUUUAAUAAUAAAAAAAAUAAUUCAAAUAUUCAUUUCGAUUUUUCUAAAAUCAAAAUUAUUGCUAACUGAAAAAAAAAUUCUUUGCGUCGCAUAAUACACAAAAUCCAAAAAAAUGUAUAUUGGUUUCGAAAUUAUUUAUGGAAUAGUGAUAGUGUUUAUUGCGUUUUACUACUAUUUAACAAUUAAUAAUAAUUUUUGGAAACAUCGUGGAAUAUCUGGACCAAAACCCGUGUUGGGAUUUGGCAAUAUGAAAAAGAUAAUAUUAGGAGAGGAAUCGAUGUCACAAUAUCUCACAAAGCUGUACCAUAAAUAUAAGAACGAAUCUAUGAUUGGAAUAUUUAGACUAAGAACACCUGCCCUAAUCAUCAAAGAUCCAGAUCUCAUAAAAAUUGUUUUGAUUAAAGACUUUUCAAAAUUCAUGAAUAGAGGAUUAUUGCCAAUUAUCUCAACAGAACCAAUAUCCCAUCAUCUUUUCGCGUUAGAGGCAGAAAGAUGGCACCCACUAAGAAAACAUCUUACAUCAGGAUUUACAAGUAACAAACUUAAAGGAAUGUUCUGCAUGAUUCACGAGUGUUCUAAGCAUCUCGUAAACUAUUUGGAUAACUUAGUAAGAAAAGAAGAACCUGUCAAUGUGCGAGAAGUUGCCGCCAAAUUUACUACAGAUGUCGUCGGAAACUGUGGUUUUGGCGUAGAAAUGAAUUCAUUGUCAGAAAAAGAAAGCGAAUUUCGGCGACUUGGAAAAAGUAUCUUUAACACAAAUUUGCAGAAAAUAAUAAAAGAUAGAAUCAGAGAAUUGACGCCACAGAUAUACAACUUUCUUCUUUAUAUACUGCCAUUAGAUGGAAUAUCGCCAAAAAUUCUGAAACUAAUGGAGGAGACAAUAAAAUAUAGAAAAAAAUAUGAUAUCUUUAGGCCUGAUUUUAUGAAUAUAAUAUUAGAACUUAAGAAACAUCCAGAAAAAAUUAACAUCGAUAUAACAAAUGAAUUAUUAGCGGCGCAAGUAUUUAUCUUUUUCGCGGCUGGCUUUGAAACUUCUUCAACAUUGAUAAGCAAUGCUCUUUAUGAACUCGCUUUGAAUCCUAAUAUUCAGGAUAAAUUACGAAAGGAGAUUAAAAAAUUUGAAUCGCAAAAUGAUGAAGAAUGGAAAUAUGAAACUAUUAGAAAUAUGGACUAUUUGGAAAAAGUAAUUCAAGAAACUUUAAGAAAAUAUCCACCUGUGCCAUUUUUGAAUAGAGAAUUAAUUGACGAUUAUACUUUUGAAAGUAAUAAAGUGACAAUUCCAAAAGGAUUAAAAAUAUGGAUACCCACUUACGCCAUUCAUAACGAUCCAGAUAUUUAUCCAGAUCCAGAUAAAUUUGAUCCUGAAAGAUUUUCAGAGGAUAAUAUAAAACAAAGACAUCCUAUGCAUUUUUUACCUUUUGGACACGGACCAAGAAAUUGCAUUGGUAUACGAUUUGCCGAAUAUCAAACAAAAAUUGGAUUGAUAAAUAUUCUUCGUAAUUUCAAGCUUGAUGUUUGCGACAAAACGUUAAUUCCUUAUAAACUUCAUCCACGUGGAUUAAUUUUAAUUCCUUUGACGGAUUUAUAUUUGAAGAUAACUAGAUUGACGAAUUAACGAUUUCUUUAUUUAAUUUAAAUAUUAUUAUUAUUGAGUAUAAAAUGGAUUAAUAAUAAAAAUAUGUAGAGAUAGUAUAUUCAACAAUGUAAAUAAAACAUAUGACAUUACAA